AUGUCAGCCAGCAAGCCUAGACCAAAACCAUGGGAAACCGCCAACAUGUCAUCUGCUACCAGCAGCUCGGGGACGAUGGAUGAAAGCAACACAGUGAUACCAACAUCAGUAACUGCUGCGUCUUCGUUGGGAGGCGGGAGCGGCGAUUACGGACACACGCCGGAUCUUCCGACGAAACCUGCAGGCCUUGGCGAUGAGUCAGGCUACAAGUCGAUGAACAGUCAGUUCGGAAUGAACAGUACGCCAUACGGAGGGUCGAUGUAUGGGUCCGGGGGCCUAUAUGGAAACUCUAUGUACGGCGGAGGGGGGUUCGGCUCGAUGUACGGCGGCGGAUUUGGGAACGGUUACGGCGGAUAUGGUUCGAUGUACGGCGGUGGCUACGGCGGAAUGUAUGGUAUGGGCGCGAACGGCAUGAAUAACAACGGCGGUAUCGCCGAGUCGACGCAGGCUACAUUCCAUUUGAUUGAAAACUUGAUCGGGGCCGUGGCCGGCUUUGCGCAGAUGCUGGAAGCGACCUACAUGGCGACGCAUAACUCCUUUCUCACAAUGGUAUCUGUGGCAGAGCAGUUCCAAUAUGUGAAAGAAAUGCUGGGUUCAUUUUUCGGUAUAUUUGCCAUGAUAAAGUUCUUGAAAAGGGUUCUUUUCAAAUUGACCGGUGGCAGAAUGGGCGUCGCUCCGAAGAAGCAGUUGCCGCCUGCUUCUGGAGACAAAGGUAAGAUGCUACAAGAAUUUGACCAGUUCAGAUCAGGCAAAAACAGUGCAGGUUCCACCGGUGAACGCAAGCGUGCAAGAAUAGCCUGGAAGCCACUUUUCUUAUUCUUUGCAGCUGUUUUCGGCUUCCCUUGGUUACUCAAUAAAUUUAUUAUGAAGCUGCAAGAAAUGCAGAAUAGAGGACGGAUUGCUACACCACACCAACCACAAUCGCUAGAUCUUAAUAGUUUGGAAUUCGCGAGGGCCAUUUACGACUUUACCCCGGAGAAUCCACGCAUAGAAUGCGCCCUGAAGAAGGGAGACUUGAUGGCGAUCAUAUCCCGGCAGGAUCCCACUGGCAAAGAGUCUCAAUGGUGGAAAGUGAGGACGAAGAAGGGAGAUGUAGGCUAUGUGCCAUGCAACUAUAUCGAACUGAUAAGAAGAAAAAAGGAAAUAGAAUUAUCGGCGGGCAGUGGGACAGGUCCUUCUGAAGUAGUCUCAGCAUAG